GAUUUAGAGAAGGUUUUAUGGUUGUUGAAAACCCAAAAUCGAGAUUGUUGUUCCUCUCCUUGUAAUGACGUCACGGGUUUUCGCGCAUGGGCAAAGGAAAGUUUUUUCUCUAAUUCAAUUCGCCGAACUGUCAUCAUGGCUGCGCCCAUGUGGAACACUCCCUUGGAAAAUUUUGUUAUAAACCACGAAAAUUCUGGAGUUUUACAGAUUUCUGCGGGAAUUGACUCGGGAAGUCUCAAAUUGCUGGGGCUUAUAGAACUCCUCGGGGUUUACCUGACUGAUCAAGAUAAAGAAAAGCGAGCUAGAGGAACCCAGUUGUUGUCUGAAGUGUUGCAUAGAUUGCCACAGGAGCGGCUGUCUUCUAAAGAAGUUGAAAUCUUGGCCUCCUUUUUUUGUGAUCGUUUGAAGGACCACCACUCUGUGAUUCCACCUGUUCUUUAUGGAUUGAGCGCUUUGAGCACAUUCAAGCACAUCCCCGAUGGCUUGGCACAAAAAGUUGUUGAACAUUUGUUCAAAGAGGUGGAGGUGCAGUCCAUGGCUCAGAGUGAUCGGCGCAACAUUUAUCAGACUCUAUCUAACUUUCUCGCCACAAAAUUAGAUGAGUUGAAAACAAUGGGUUCUGGUUUUGUCUACGGCUACAUCCAAGCCAUGGACGGGGAGAAGGAUCCAAGAAAUUUGAUCAUCUUGUUUGAAUCGGUUGAGCAAAUAAUCAAGCAUUUUCCUAUUCAAAACUUUGCUGAGGAAUUAUUUGAGGUUACAUCAUGUUAUUUCCCAAUUGAUUUCUCUCCACCUCCUAAUGACCCUUUUGGUGUUAAGAAGGAAUCAUUGGUCCUUGGAUUAAGAAAGUGUAUGGCAUCAACACCGUUAUUUGCCGAAUAUUGUCUUCCACUUAUUCUCGAGAAACUCACUUCUGAUGUGAUGAAUUCAAAGUUGGAGGCGUUGUAUACUUUGACAGCUGCUUGUGAAACGUAUGGUGCUCAUCGCCUGAUUGAAUAUCAGGGAUCGUGUGUUUCUGCGAUACGGACAGAGGUCUUCACAGCGAGUAGUGAAACACUAGAGGUGGCUGCCCUUGAUGCUCUCUCAUCCUAUACAAAAGCAUUUGUCAAUGAUGCUGUGGCAAGUGGAAGUUGUGAAUCUCUUGACGAAUUCAUCAGCAAAGUUUACCGUGAGUGUCGCCACCAUCUGUGUGAGCCAGAUCUAAAGCUCGUCUUCCCGAGUGGCAAGAUGAUGCAGGCUGUAGCACGUUCAUCACAUGUUGCCGCAGAUAAAGUCCUGGAGUUGGUUAUUCCUUUACUACUGGAACAAUUUCACAAACAUUCUAUAGUUAACCAUCGGCGAAACAUCUUGGACAUUUUACUCGGAUUUAUCCAAAUAUGUAAAGGCAUGUCAAAAGGUGGCAAUGAGGAGACCACAGAUUCAAACCCGAUACUACCUUAUAAAAACGACAUUAAAACUAUCCUCGAGUCACUCUUAACCGACGUGAAUUAUCAGCUGAGGAUUGUGGGUAUUUCUGGUCUGAUUGGAUUGUUGGCUGUGCGCCAUGCGAUGUCAUCAGAAGAAGCAAGUCUGUUGGCAGAUGCUCUGCUGAAUCUAGCACUGAAUGAUGCGGAUGCAACAGUAAAGAAAGAGAGUGUGACUGGUCUGGCCUUUAUGUCGAUGGAGUAUCAACUGAUUGUAAAGGAAAAGGUUCUGCCAGAAUUGGAAAGACAACUAGAAAUAGACACUAUGGACAUUGAUUCCAUUAUGAAGUCCAGUGGGAAUGAUUCCAAAGUCACUGUUCUGAAUCUGAUGGCAGCUAUCUCGGUCCACAGCGAUAUCACAGAGCACACUGUACCACGGUUCGUCACGUUCCUAAACAAGAUUAAUCAAGAACCAGCCACCUGUCCAUCACUUGAUCAAACCAUCACAAUCUUAGAAUGCCUGCUUGGAAUUGUAAAGGAAAACAUUCAACAUGAUGCAGACCGUCAAAUGUUCAUCGGACAAACUCUGCCUGAUUUAUUGAAACUGUGUGUACAGUGUUCUAUGGAGAGAGCAGAUGGAGCUGUGCUCAACCGUAAGCCGUUAGAAUUAACCUGUGACGUUGUGCGGAAGAUCGUCUGCUCUCUUGAUUCUAGUCAAGCAGACGACCUUGCCAAAACUGUACUCAAGGUCUUCCUGGAUGGCAAUGUCUCUGAAAACGGUUCCAGUACCAAUAGCCACUUCAAGCCCUUACAAGUCUCAUCCCCUUCAAGCCAGACACAAUUAAUAGGUCUUCUCAUGGCUAUGGUUUGUGCAUUACCAAAACAGACUGAAAUUCCGAGGCAGUCAGAGUUGCUCUGUAACCUCCAUGAUUUAUGUUUGUCAUGUGAUGAUGAGUUCUCAAGGUUGUCUGCUGCCAAAUGCUUGUCUGGACUUGUCAACAAACACCAGCAAGAUGAUAAAUUCAAUCAUCUUAUUACCAGUCUGAAGGAAGAGCUAGGAGUCGCUAUCAAAGAUGGCAACACGAGAGCUUUCUCUUUGUGGGUAUGGCUGACCAAGGCGUUCGUACUGAGAGGUCAUCCUGUAGCUCAAGAGUUUAUAUCUAUUGUUAUGCUAAGUUUGGAAGAUGAAGUCCUGGGAAAUGCGGCUGCUGCUGGUUUCUAUGUGGUUCUGAAUGAGUUUCCUGACGUCAUGAACCAAACUCUCCAUGCCCAGGUCAAGAUGAUGUACAGGCAGCGGUUCUUCAUGGAAACAUUGCCUAAACUUGUUGAGGGAUUCAACUCGACCAGAUUAGAGCGAAAGCCAAAUUAUCUAAAUGCUUUGGCAUUCCUGUUGCGGUUUGUCCCUCGUCAAGUCCUACUAAGUGAACUUCCACCACUGCUACCCCUGAUGGUACAGUCACUUCAGUGCCAAGAUACCAAUUUGUGGUUGUCCACCUUGAACACUCUGUAUGAUCUGAUCCAUGAUGCACCAGAAGUCCUCACCUCCUAUGUCGACUCCCUCAUUCCACUGAUGCUCAAACUAGCAAAGUAUCAAGACAGCAUGAAAGUGCGCAUCUCCAGCCUCCAGUGUCUAGGGAUGCUGACGACCCUCCCGAUCCACAAACUGGUCCCCCAUCAGAGAGUGGUGACAAGGGACCUGGCUGCUGUGUUAGAUGACAAGAAACGACUGGUUAGGAAGGAGGCCGUACAGGCUAGGGGAGAAUGGUUCCUCUUGGGAAAGUGAACUGAUGUGUCCUCACCCUGGUAACAGAUCUGACUGUGCAUUUAUCAAAACUCUAGCUUGGAUCCUCGUCUUAUUAAGAAAGCAGGAUGUGUGAACUCUUAGUCUCCUGUGGGUAACCUCCUUGUGCUAAAUAUUGCAUGUUGCAUUUUGUGGUGUCAUGAGCUCAUUGGGCUAACCGUAUAUCACCGCUGUCUAUCAUAUAAUCAGUCUUGCAACAAUGAAGACCACUGUAUUUGAAGCUGAAUUUGAUUGUAAUUGGCUAUAAAACUAAGUUUGGAAUGGAUGUACAAUGUAUUUCUAUAAUCAUGUUAAUGCUCGCAUUCUGACAUUAGAUACAUGUGCUUGUAAAAAUUUGUAUAUAAAUAACAAU